AUGUCUUCUUACACGUAUGCAUCGGUCCCAGAUUUUUGUUAUCAGAAAGUUCAAAGAAGUUACCAAACUUUCGAUUAUGCCACUUCUGAAUUCAAGAAUUACCCCGUCACCUAUUCAUCGACCGAUCUGACCGAGGGCCAAAACCAGGACAACAAUGAGCCCAGUGCCGAACCCGAGAAGAGCGCUGCUCCCGAUGAAGCUACGCCAGCUGAACCAAGUAGCUCACCAGAUGACGCUCCAGCCCCUGAAGUUGCAGAAAAUGCAGAGGCUGUAACGCCUCCGGAUGAAGCUGCUACAGGUGAGGAGCCAGCACCUGAUGCCGCGCCAGACUCAAAAGAAGAGGCCCCGGCUGGAGCAGAGGCACCCGCCGCCGAUGAGCCUGCGCCAGAAGGAGAAGCCGAAACUAGCCCAGAUGAAGCUCCGAAAGAUGCAGUAGAAGAAGGCGCAACUCCCGAAGAAAACACGGAAACAACACCCGCAGGUGAGGACACAAAGGCUAACGACGAAAACGCCCAGAAUGAUGACGAAUUUCCAGAUUGCGAUCCAGAGGCGGACCUUGACAAAGUAGAAGCCGAGAAAGCGGCUGCUGCUGAGGAGGCUGCUAAAGAGGCCGCCCAGGCCGAGGAAAGCGAGGGUAGUCCACCGACAGAUGAUCCUGUUGCUGAAGAGCCUGUCUCAGACAAGUCGGAUGCGGCAGAUGCUGUGGAUAUUCCUCUAGAACCAGAAGCAGCAGCCCCUGUUGAAGAAAUUUCCAUUCCGGAGGAACCAGCAGCACCCGAGCCACCUGCCGAAGAACCUACCGGCAAAAAGGGCAAGAAGGGCAAGAAGAAGAAAGAUAAGAAAAACAAGGCCGCUGCAGCAGAGCCAGAGGCGACAGCAGAGCUAGAGACGCCAGCAGAACCAGAGACGCCAGCGGAGCCAGAGACGCCAGCCGAACCACAGACGCCAGCCGAACCAGAGACGCCAGCAGAACCAGAGCCGCCAGCCGAACCAGAGACGCCAGCGGAGCCAGAGCCGCCAGCCGAACCAGAGACGCCAGCGGAGCCAGAGACGCCAGCCGAAGAGGCGCCAGCCGAGCCAGAGGCACCAUCAGAGCCAGAGCCGCCAGCCGAACCAACAGCGAAUCCUGAACCUCAGCCCGAGCAGCCGGCAGACGAACCUGCUGCAGAUACGCCUGAGGAGUCACCUGCGUCAGAGCCUGAACCCCCAGUGGAGCCAGAACCUGCUCCGGAGCCAGUAGCUGAACCCGAGCAUGUUGCAGAGACACCCAAAGAAACCGGGAAAAAGAAGAAGGGCAAGAAGGGCAAGAAGGGUAAGGGUGCGGCCGCGGCCGCAGAACCCGAACCUGCACCGAAUGCCGAGCCUGAGCCUGUUGUUGAACCCGCUGCUGAGCCCGCUGCUGAGCCUGAGCCUGUUGCUGAACCCGCUCCGGAACCCGCUGCUGAGCCUGAGCCUGCUGCUGAGCCUGAGCCUGUUGUUGAACCCGCUCCGGAACCCGCUCCGGAACCCGCUGCUGAGCCUGAGCCUGCUGCUGAGCCUGAGCCUGUUGUUGAACCCGCUCCGGAACCCGCUCCGGAACCCGCCGCUGAACCUGAGCCUGCUGCUGAGUCUGAGCCCGCUGCUGAGCCAGAGCCUGUUGCUGAACCCGCUCCGGAACCCGCUGCUGAACCUGAGCCUGCUGCUGAGCCUGAGCCUGCUGCUGAGCCUGAGCCCGCUGCUGAGCCAGAGCCUGUUGCUGAACCCGCUCCGGAACCCGCUACUGAACCUGAGCCUGCUGCUGAGCCUGAGCCUGCUGCUGAGCCUGAGCCUGCUGCUGAGCCUGAGCCUGCUGCUGAGCCUGAGCCCGCUGCUGAGUCUGAGCCUGUUAUUGAACCCGCUCCGGAACCCGCUGCUGAGCCUGAGCCUGCUGCUGAUGCCCCUACAUCACCCGUUGUGGUCGAGGAGCCGGUACUGGAAGCGUCUGCUGAGGAAACCCCUGCUCCUGAACCUAUCUCUGAGCCUGUUUCUGAGCCUGCUGUCGAGGAAUCGCCGAAAGAUGUGCCUCCUGAAGAAGCACAAGUUGAAGAGACCGCUGUUCAGGACCUCCUAGUUGAGGAAGUCCCUACGGAUGAACCUGAGCCGGCUGUUGAGCUAGUUGCUGAACCUGCGGCACCUGAGCCAACCCCAUCUGAAGUUGCGCCUGAUCCCGCCGAAGAGUCCGGGCUUCCUGUGCCCGAGUCACCUGCUACUGAUGAGCCUGAGCCUUCCGCGGCUGAACCACCUGUUGAAAUGGCACCUGUUGAGGUGACUCCAGAAGAGCCAGCCCCAAUUGAAGAGCCAGCUCCAGUUGAAGAGCCAGCUCCAGUUGAAGAGCCAGCUCCAGUUGAAGAGCCAGCUCCAGUUGAAGAGUCAGCUCCAGUUGAAGAGCCAGCUCCAGUUGAAGAGCCAGCUCCAGUUGAAGAGCCAGCCCCAAUUGAAGAGCCAGCUCCAGUUGAAGAGCCAGCCCCAAUGGAAGAGCCUGAAGUCAACACUCCUCCACCCGAAGAGCCUCCGGCUGAACCACCAGUUCCGAAUACUCCAGCUGAGACACCCGAGCCCGAUGUAGCUGCAGCUCCAGCCGAGACUCCAACGCCGGAAGAGGCCCCGGCUGAAACUCUUCCAGAUGAACCUGCCCCUGACGCAGAGGUUGCAAGAGAUAUCCCUAUGGAGGAUCCACCGGCCACUGAUGCUGCCCCAGCAGCACCUGAAGCUUUAACCGAAUCAGCCCAUGUUGAUGAGGACGUUGCGCCCGAUGAGAUUGUGCCACCCGUAGCGGAUACAUCGCCGGAUCCUAUCAUGAUUGAUGCGGCUCCCCGUGAUGAACCAGUUGAGGGUGACGAGCCCCCAACCACCCGACACGGUUCACGACGCCGGAAGAAGCGCUCGCCAGAGACACGAGAACGGGAGUCUUCCAGGACACAGGACUACGAGUCUUCUAGAACACGAGACCCUGGUUACUCCAAGACGUUAUCUGAUUCGCCCAAAGACAGCCUCCAGCGUCAGAAGAGCGAGCGGAAUGUCUUGACUAACCGUUGGGCUAAAGCUCUCGAAGAAGCUCGGCGACAGCACGACGAGAAAGCACAGAUCCAACGGAGGCAGCGUGCCCUUGUUGAGGAGCGAGAGCGAAGUGGUAUCCCGUCUUCUGAAAAGCCUAGACGCUCUUCGAAGGACAAGGAGAAGGCCAGGGCGAUGGAACCAAUUGCAGUUCCUGCCCCCGCGCCUGUCGCCAUUCCAGUUGCCAUACCUGUUCCUGUCGAAGGCAGACCCAGACGUCGUCCAUCUGAACGACGCACCUCUGAGACGCCAUCUGAUCAACCUCUUGAGCGAUCUCGCUCAACCAAGACAUCUUCGUCACAGGCAACUUCAGCCCCAACUGCUAAGCCUCGUGCCUUUCUGCGUUACAUGACUGAGGGCCAAUCUGGUCCUAAUCACAUAAUGCGUGUGAAUGCCACCAAGGCGGCUCCGCCAGUUGAGAAGCCUUUGCGCCGAUCUUCGACAAGCCACAGCCACGGCAGCAGCCAGGGACGAACAUCGCAUGACGAGAGACAUUCAAGUGCCCAAUCCACUGGAUCAGGAGGCUCCCGUUCCCGCCGUGAUGACCGCCGUGAAGAGCGGCGCGAAGCACGACGUGAAGAGGAGGCUCCUCGAUCCGAAGGGAGAAGGUUGCGGCGCUCGUCGACGGCUGAACAUCGGCCCAGGGAGGAGAAGGACGAGCGGAGAGAUCGAGCCAAGUCACGAGAACGCGCAAAGGAGAAGGAGCGGGAACGGGACGCGGCGAAGACUGAAGGGUCUUCUCGUCGCUACCAGAGCUCCCGUGAGACUCGCGCUGAAACUCGUGAUGGCCGCUCUCAUCGCCGUCACAAACGUGAAGAGACCCCUCCCCCUCAGGAGUCGAAACUGAAGAGCCUUUUCAGGGCCAUUGGGGUCCAUUGA